AUGGCUACCUCCAGUGUUCUUACCUUUGACACUGAGGGCCAUGCUGUUGACUUUGAGGUCUGGAACGAUGACCUCCACUGUGAUAGGGCAGGCGGCCUCUCUCUGUUCGACCUCACCUCUGGUGCCUCCCCUGCCCCGCCUGCUACAGCUAACAGCACCCGGCUCCUAGCAGCAGAGAAGAGCAUAGUCGCUGUAGGAGCCUUUCGUGGUGACCUUCGCACCCUCGUCUUUGAGGAGUGUUCUCCCUCCCCGCUCUUGCCUUCUGUUGCUUCUCCUGCUGCUGCCGACCUCAUUGGUUUCGAGUCGUUCGGCGCUGCGUCUGCCCCUAGCAGGAGACGCCGCACUGGCAAGGGCAAGGGGGGCAAGGGAGCUAGAGGGGCUAGCGGGGGCGGUGGAGAUGGUGAUGGAGGCUGUGGAGGGGGUGAGGGUGGUGGUGGGAGUGGUGGUGGGGGUGGCGGCGGCGGUGGCAGCAGCGGAGGCGGCGGAGGUGGCGGAGGCGGCGGAGGUGGCGGAGGCGGUGGAGAAGGUGACGGCGGCGGUGGAGCUGGUCGUGACUCUGCGCAGAGGAGUGGGUCCGGUGGUGGUCCGCCCCAGCAGCAGCAGCGCGGUCGUAAGACCCUGCCCCCUCAGCAGCUUCGUGAGUGGUACCCUUCGCGUCAGCGUUGUGGGGGUACUGGUCCCUGCACCUAUAUCCUCCGUACCGCCGACCGCGCUGGCAUUGAGGCUACUGCUCUAGGUGCUGGUGAAGCUACUGCUCUAGAUGCUAGUGCGUAUGCUGCCCCAGGUGCUAGUGCGUCUGCUGCUCCAGGUGCUGGUGAGUCUGCUCUCUCACGUACUAUGUCGGCUCAGGCCUUACACACCUUCACCCUUGACUCGGGUGCGUCCCGCUCCUUCUUUCGAGACCGCACCAUGCUUACGCUGCUUAGUCGGCCAGUUGUAGUCUCCCUGGCGGACCCCUCUAUGGGUCCUGUCCUUGCUAGCUUCUCCACUGUUUUACCGUGA